AUGUUAUAUUAUAAAACUAAGCCCCGCAAUCAUUACCAGAAUAUGGAUAUAUAUCCAUAUACUGGGGUGACGUUAAAAAAGCCCUAUCUCCUACCGUUCCCGAGUUAUUCCCGGUUUUUUGAUGAAACUAUUCCCGUCGACUUUUCUCUUCAGCUGCUAGGUCGAUUUCAGUUUUUGAAAUGGUUUCUUGUAGAACUCGACGAGAGCUAUCGAAUGAUGUGUCGCACGUCUUCUUUAUCCCACGGGAACACCGACCACGUGCCACGUGGUUUUGCGGUUUCUUCUUUGUUGCUCUUUGGUUCGUGGCCGGAAAAAUCCGUGCGACCCCUCAAAAGACGCGUCUUUUUGUGCUCUAUCUGA